CGUAGAAAAUAAUGAGGGGUUCCGAUUAGUUUCCGAAUGGUUCCAAUGCUUUCUUUAGUAUCGGAGUGUUUUGUCAUGCUUUGGUAUUAAUUUUACUUAAAUAAGCUUAAGCUUGUAGAUAACAAAACACCAUGCCCCUCCCAGCGGCGUUGUUGGCGCGUCUGCAGAAGAGAGGACUUGUUAAAGAGAAAGAAGAAAUACCAGUUGCCCCAGCAAUAGUCCCAGUGUCAAGUUCAGAGCCAGUUGAAGAGGUUUUUGCUGAGGAUUAUGAUGAUCCUACAAAAGAUCUGAACUCACACUUGGAGGAACAAGAAAGCCCUGCUAUUAUCCCUGAACCUGAAAAUGUUGGGCCCCUAGUCUGGGAAGAUUCAGCAUGUCCCAAUGUGGACAACCCUUACCAUAAAUGUGUAGCAUACUGCCACGAACGAUGGGGAAUGAAAACAUUUGAGGCAAAUGAGGAUAUGCUUCGGAAACGAGAUCGAAUGCUUCGUCAGUAUCCUCUCUCUGAGGGAUGGGAAGAGGUAGCAGAUGCUGGAACUAACAGGUACUAUUACUGGAAUGUGCUCACUGACGAAGUGUCCUGGCUCUCACCUGCUCAUCCCUCAGCAAACAUCACAGUUUCGGCACAGAAACUUAAAAAUGUAUCGAUGGACAUUUCUACUCGUCUGGAUGGUUAUGACAGUGAGGAGGAUAUGGAGACAAAAUCGGAGAGUGAUUUGAGCCCGUCAUCUAGUGACUCGGAUUCUGAGGAUGAGGAGGAGAUGGAAGAAAAGCAGUCGAGAAGUCGAGGUCAGCGGGACCAAGGUCGAGGUCGUGGAAGAGGUGGGCGCAGACAAAAGGAGGAGCUUGAUCCAAUGGACCCAGCCUCAUAUUCUGAGGUUCCCAGAGGAACAUGGUCGACUGGACUUGACAGACGAGGAGAAGCUAAAACUGGUGCAGACAUCACAGCAUCCGGACCUCUGUUCCAACAGCGUCCCUACCCUAGCCCUGGGGAAAUUCUGCGCAGGAACCAAGGAAUGCCAAAGGAAUAAGCAGCAGACAAGAAACAGAGACAAAUAUAUCUAUAUUUAGAUUCAGAAUGAGAGAAUGCUAUUUAUAAAACAGGUGUAAUACAGAUCAGGAGGACUAGACAAUACACCGUAUGUAAACUGGUGGGUGAAUCAGUUGCAUCACCUAGGAAACUCAAUUCAAGUUUUUUAAAUUGCAGAAACUACACAUUAAUAAACCUCCGUCAGACAUUUUUAUUUGACAAAGAAAUUCUUUUGUUUUAAAAUACUUGAUUAUGACAUGUAUUAUUGUAACAUCAGGAUUUUAUUAUUUAAACCAAAAGGAAAAUUAAUAAAACAAGGGAAAAAUUUAAAAAGAAAAGAAGGGAAUUUAAACCACUUGUCUCGAAGUAUGAAUAUUUGUCUGAACAACCUAUUCCACAACAAUUACAAAUUUACCUGUAUAUAAACACCAAUCUGUUUGACCACUGUCAGACCUUCAGUGUGAUAACACACAAAAAAUCGCACAGGGACAUAUUCUGCUGAAGGUACUUUUAGAGAGAGACAUUCUGAUCUAUCAUAGUUACCUCCCUUCAUUUUAUUCAGUCAGUGGAAUAAUGAUAGCUACACAGCCGAUCGGCCGAGAAUAAGAGACAGACGGUUAUACAUGGUAUAGUUGAGGUUUUGUACAGUAUGUUGAGCCAUAGGAAUAUGAUACUAGAGAAAAGGAAGAAAAACAAUAUAGAUAUAUGUAUGCUAUAUAUUAUAUAGUACAUGUAUGCAUAUAUAUAUUGUUUUUAGAAUCUUUUCUCUUUUUUUUGGCACCAAAUAUCAGAUCUCUUCAGGUACAUAAUGUACUAGCCUGAGUUUCCUCUGACCCUGACACCAUGUCUGGUGUAGCCAGAGUUUCCUCUGACCCUGACACCAUGUCUGGUAUAGCCCGAGUUUCCUCUGGUCCUGACACCAUGUCUAGUAUAACCAGAGUUUCCUCUGACCCUGACACCAUGUCUAGUAUAGCCAGAGUUUCCUCUGACCCUGACACCAUGUCUAGUAUAGCCAGAGUUUCCUCUGACCCUGACACUGUAUCUGGUAUAGCCUACACCAGAUGUGGUGCCAGGGCCAGAGGAAACUUGGGUUAGUAAUGUACAUGAGUUGAUCUGUUUAAUUACAGGACAACAUUUGCUGUCAUAAUCCUGAAUCAGUUUCAUUGCAUUGUAAAUAAAUUCAUAAUAUCACUCUA